CAUGGAGGAGGAGGAGACUUACCUGGAGCUCUUUCUGGACCAGUGCACCGCCCAGGAUGACCUGGCCCCACCUGGGUCUCCACUUUUCAGCCCGAUUGUGCAUUAUGAUGUGUACAUGCCUCAUCCAUCCAAACCAGAGACGGCAUGUAGCUCACAUCUUGAACAAGUCAAAGAACCAUCUGGUGAUAUCUCAUCUGUGGAUCUCAGCUUCCUACCAGAUGAACUUACCCAGGAAAAUAAAGACCAACCUGUCACUGGAAGCAAGAAUGAAAUCGAAGAAAACUGUAAAACUCAAAGUCAUCAAAGUAGGUUGCCAUUACCCAGCAAACAGGACGUUGGCCUGGACAGCUUAAAUUCCCAUUCACAUCAGCAACCUGAAGGUACUGACUCAGUCCAGCCCUCUCCUGAGAAACCAAACUCAGACUCCAUGCCUCUGGUGUCCAUAACUCCCAUGACACCAAUGACCCCUGUUUCAGAAUGUUCUGGAAUUGUGCCUCAACUACAGAAUAUAGUUUCCACUGUAAAUCUGGCCUGUAAAUUGGAUCUGAAGAAAAUAGCUUUGCAUGCAAAAAAUGCAGAAUAUAACCCAAAGAGGUUUGCGGCUGUCAUCAUGAGGAUCCGAGAGCCCAGGACAACGGCCCUCAUAUUUAGCUCUGGGAAAAUGGUCUGCACAGGAGCCAAAAGUGAAGAACAGUCUCGACUUGCAGCAAGAAAAUAUGCUCGCGUGGUGCAGAAGCUCGGGUUCCCUGCCAGAUUCCUUGAUUUCAAAAUUCAGAACAUGGUUGGAAGCUGUGAUGUGAGAUUUCCCAUCAGGCUGGAAGGUUUAGUGUUAACCCAUCAGCAGUUCAGUAGUUAUGAACCUGAACUAUUUCCUGGCCUUAUUUAUAGAAUGGUAAAGCCACGAAUUGUGUUGCUUAUCUUUGUAUCUGGAAAAGUUGUAUUUACAGGUGCCAAAGAACGUUCUGAGAUCUAUGAAGCAUUUGAAAACAUCUAUCCUAUAUUAAAGGGUUUUAAAAAAGCCUGAAUAUAUUCUUCAACAUCAAACAGUGUACCAGUUUGAAUAUGUACCUAAGCCCAGCACAGGAACUGCUGGAUUUUUCUAACUUUCAUUUUGGAUAUUCCAUGUACCCUAUGACUUUACUUAUUAAAGGAUGAUUCUAUGUGAACAACCAUGUCUAAGAAAUGAAGAAAAAGUUCUUAUUCAAAAUGACCCCUGUAUGUUAUUUUUAAAACUGAAUAACUAAAUUUAUUUCAGAAUUGGAGAGAUUAAGGCCUUGCCAGAAUGAUAUUGUAGCAUCAUUAAAAUUCAAUGCUGUGAA